AUGGCUGCGCCCACAGCCACACAGCCACGGCUGCCGCACGCCGCCCCGCCGCUCCUGCUCCUCCUCACCGCUCUGGCCACCACCCUGGCCUGCCAACACCUCUGGACACACGACGACGCCUUCCCCGGCGACGCGCUCCGCCUCCUCCAGGACAUGGCUGCCAGCCACACACAGCCCUGCCACCUCCCAGAGCGGCCCUUCUUCCCCGACACCCUCCUGCGCAACAACCUCCAGCCGCAGCAAGCCGCCGCCGCCGCCCUACGCAUCCUGCAGCACCUCUUCCACACCCUCAGCUCCAACAGCACCCGCCAGCACUGGCCCAGCCAGGCUCGCCACCACCUCCUCAACAAACUGCAGCACCACAUCGACCACCUCGAGCAAUGCCUGCCCGACAAGGCCAUGCCCAUCAAAGGACCACGCAACCCGCUGCUCGCCAUCAACAAGUACUUCAGGGACAUCCACCUCUUCCUCCACGCCCACAACCACAGCGCCUGCGCCUGGGACCACGUCCGCCUCGAAGCUCGUGCCUCUUUACAGCACCUCCACAACCUCACACGCACCAUGCGCCGCUAGCGCAAACAGCCACACGCCAACCCACACCUACGCCCCAAAGCCACCUCCAACCCCACGCCUCCUCUCACCUGCGACGACACACAGGGCUGCAACAAACGCACGGCACCCGCAGCCUCCAACCACUGCAUCUCCAUCGAUUCCGCCUCUCCCACUGACACGGACAAAGGACUUCCUCUACAUAUUUAUUGACUUGUUUAUUAAUUUAUUUGUUUAUUUAUUUAUUUAUUUAUUUAUUCACGUAUUUAUUUUUCUACUUAUUCACUUACUGAUGCCACUGGAAAUAAAGACCUAGGACAAAACACUUGCCACUGCCUCUCCUCUCUCUAGCACUGCAACCACUCUCUUUGGG